AUGUUUACCGGUCGUUACUUGGGCCUAACAAUUUCUGGUAUCAAAUUAAAUGGAUUUUCCAGACAAUUGUCAUCAACACGUCGUCAAUUGUUGUCAAUCAAUUGUUACAAUAAUCAAUUAACUCUAAAUAAUCACUGGAAAACAUUGAUGACCAAUAAAAGGAAAUGUUUCUCCUCACAAUCAGGUAGAGUCUUCAUGCCACCGGAGGAAUUUAUUUCCUUGAACAAAAAUGGAACCACAAUUGGAGAUAAAUCAACAAACGAUCAUCAGCUAAUCAAAAGUUCAACUGGAACUGUAAAGAAAACAAGUGACAUUUUGUUUGACCUUUUUGAAGAUUCUACCGGUCAAGUUAGUGUCAACAAAUUUUUCUCUUCUCUCUCAUCAACUGGACUUAACAUCGAUGACCCUCGAUUACGUGAAAUUGUCACUAAAUUAAAUUCAAUUUGGAAAACUCGCCAAGACUCUGGUUCCUUUGAAGCUUUAACCCUUGACCGUGAAACCUUUGAUUCGGUUAUAAAGGAAAACAUUGUUCUCAUCUCAAAGGCCUUGCGAAGCCAUUUUGUUAUUCCCGAAUUUCCCCAAUUCUGUUCUCAAAUUGAAUCAUUCUAUUGGAAGUGUAAAUCUCUUAAUGAUGGUAAAGUUGCUGAUUAUAUUCCACAAUUAGCUAAAUAUAAUCCCGAUUAUUGGGGUGUAACCGUUUGUACAAUUGAUGGUCAAAGGUUCGCCAUUGGUGAUACAGAGAUUCCAUUUACAAUUCAAUCUUGUGGAAAACCGAUCAACUAUGCAAUCGCUUUAAGUGAAUUAGGUGCUAAUAUUGUCCAUCAAUAUGUUGGUCAAGAACCUUCAGGUAGAAUGUUCAAUGAAUUGGUUCUUGACCACGACAAUAAACCUCACAAUCCAAUGGUCAAUGCGGGAGCAAUUGUUUGCUGUUCUCUUCUUCUCUAUCUUGUCCAGCCUGAGAUGAGAGUUUCGGAAAAAUUUGAUUGGAUUUGCAGCUAUUUCAAAGCAAUGGCCGGCGAUGAAUAUGUUGGCUUUAGCAAUGCAACUUUCCUUUCUGAGAGAGAAGCUGCUGACCGUAAUUACGCCAUCGGCUAUUACAUGAAGGAGAAUAAGUGUUUCCCUGAUAAGAUUUACCUGAAAGAUGCUAUGGAUUUCUAUUUCCAGAUGUGUUCGCUUGAAGUUAAUUGUUCAACUGUUUCGGUGAUCGCGUCAACAUUGGCCAAUGGAGGAAUUUGUCCCAUCACUGGUCAACGGGUCAUCUCAUCUCAUGCAGUAAGAGAUGUCCUUUCACUUAUGCACUCUUGUGGGAUGUAUGAUUAUUCAGGACAAUUUGCAUUUAAUGUUGGUUUACCUGCUAAAUCAGGAGUUUCUGGUUGUACGAUGGUUGUUGUUCCCAAUGUUAUGGGAAUGGCUUUAUGGUCCCCACCUCUAGAUCAUUAUGGUAACUCUGUUCGCGGUCUUCAGUUUUGUCGAGAACUUGUCUCUGUAUUUAAUUUCCACCAUUUUGAUAAUCUCCGCCAUGUUCCCCAUAAAAAGGAUCCGCGUCGACAACGAUUCGAGGACAAGGGAUUGACCAUUGUUAGUUUACUUUUCUCAGCAAGUACUGGUGAUGUUUCAGCUAUGAGACGUUAUUACCUUUCGGGAAUGGACAUGGAAUCAGCUGAUUAUGAUGGACGAACGGCUUUACACUUGGCAGCAUCCGAAGGACAUUUAUCUUGUGUUGAAUUUUUGUUGAAUGUUUGUAAAGUUAAUUUUAAACCAAUGGAUAGAUGGGGACACACUCCAUUAGACGAAGCAAAAUCCUUUGAUUAUCCCCAAGUGAUUGAGUUAUUACAACGAAAGGAGGACGAAAUUAAAGAGCAAAACAAUCCCAACAAUUAGAGUUAAUUACUUCAGAAUUAACUGUUUGCAAAUUUAUUCCAGUGAUUCGGGUUUAACAGGAAACAAAACUAACGAAUUUGUAAAUAUUCAUGAUAUCAACUUAUCGCUGAUCAUUAUUGAUUAAUAAUCGAUUUGACAACUAAGAGAAAAGUUUACCUUUCUUUUAAUUAUAAUUGUAAAUUUAAAAUCCAAUUUUCAUUAUAAUAACUAUCACUAGACACUAACAAUUAACAAGAGUAAAUAAUAAUGAGACAUUUAUGGUAAUGAAACAACAACAGUAAUCUAUAGUCAUAUAAUACAUGAUUAAUUAAUAUUAAUCAACGGAAAUGGAUCAACAUUAACAUUGAACGUGAUCAUCAGGACUUAAUUGUUAUCCAUACAAAGAGCAAGAAAUAAAAAAAAACUCCCAAAUAAAUCAUAACAAUAGUAACUAGAAAACAACAACAAAUGAAAACAAACUCAAUUCAACACAAUAACUAAACUGAAAUUGUUAUAACUAAUUAACUUUGCAAUUCUAAAUUAUGAUUACUGAUUAAUCAAAAAGAAAAACUAUAACAAGAUAAAGAGAAACGAUGAUCAAAUAUUAUUGAAUAGUAAUAAUAUCGGUUAAUUUAUAAUCGAUUCAAGGUGAGUCUCAUGGAAAAGAAGAAGGAAAAUUUUCUUUUCUCCAGAAUCUUAUUCUUUUUCUUCAUUAGAAUUUUAUGUAAAGUUGUUUAUCGUUAUGGUAACCAAUUCAUGAUAAAACAGAUGAUGAAGAAAAAUCUUCCAAAGAAGAAGAAAACAAAACAGAGAGAGAGAGAGAGA